AUGUUGUCCGCUGGUCCGAACAGUCAGCCUAUAAUCUCAGACGGGUUAAGUGCAGCUGGCCCUAGCACACGCCCGCAAACACCGACCACUCUCAACAUCCUUGCGCGACCCUCUGGCGGCGCCAUGGGCCAACCGGAGCCCCCAGCUGUUGAAAUUACAAUAAGCACCGAGCCCGAGGAGGUGCAGCCUUACGUGUCGCAUCUUCAGGGUCUGACCGUGCAGCAGAUGCUGGACCUGGACAUCGACUCCCUUGUGGUGAAAAUCGACGAGCACCAUAGCCAGGCGAAGAAGGCUGUGCUGGACCACGUCAUGGAGACGAAGGCGCGCUUGAUCCAGGCCAAGAACGACGCUGUCGAAGAGGAAAAGUGUAGAGGCGCUGCCACGCUCGCUAUCAAGGAGGAGGAGAUGAACCUCAUGAAGACUGAGCUGGACCUGAUGCGAAUCAAGGCGCAGCGGCUCUGGGAUCUUGUCGGCAGGGCCUGUGCGGCUUACGGCAACGCCAAGGAGCGGCGCCGCACCAGCUUGGUACAGUUCCAGGUCUUCUGUGCGUGGCACCAGCAGGCCAUGCUGCUGGCGCGGCGGCGGCGGCUGCUGGCGCGAGCGGAGCGGUGGAACAUCGACGUGCACCUCAAGGGGAAUGUGUUCCGUGCAUGGUUCCGGGAGGCAAUGCGUGCACACCGCGUCACCGUUAACAAUCGCUACAUCCAGGAGGUGGAAAACGCGAAACGCAUGAUCCAUGAACACUAUCAGCGUCAGAUAGUGGAUAUGGAGAGCAUGCUGGCAGAUGCCCACAAGCAGCUCGAACGGGAGAUGGAGAUGCGGAGCCGCCUCGAGGAGGACAUGAAGCGUGCGUUUAUGCGUGGUGUUUGUGCCCUUAACAUCGAGGCCAUGAACAUGAUGAAGCGGGGUGCAGCUGCUGGUGGGCCGAACCUGGCAAGCUCUGCCGCGCCGCAAACGAUGGAGCAACAGCCAGUUCCCGAGCCAGCGGCAGGCGCCUACAGUUCCGCACCCGGCCUGGCAGCAGCUAUGGCCCGACCACAAGCGGAGUGGCGACAAAUGUCGGCGGCAGUAACCAGCUGCUGGGCAGGGCGGGCGCAGGGCUCCAGCAAGCUAGCCCUGCUGUUGCAGGCCCAGGGCCGGCAAGUUCUGGUGGAGGGCCGGAGAGCGGUCCCGCAAUCCGGGAGACAGCGCAAACAUUUUACCAACGGCCGCAGGUUAUCGUGA